ACUCAUUAUGAAGGAGUUUUUCAACGGCACACAGUUGAGUUGAACCACUGCCCGUUAUCAAUGGAUAAUAAAGUCAAUAAGCGGGAAACUUGGGGCAAGACGAUCGACUUUGUUCUUGCCCUCGUAGGGUUCUCUGUUGGACUGGGAAACAUUUGGCGCUUCCCGUACCUUUGCUAUAAAAAUGGUGGAGGAUGCUUUCUGAUCCCGUACCUAAUUUGCCUCAUUUUUGCUGGUGUCCCUGUUCUUAUCCUGGAAGUUUGUCUGGGGCAGUUUGCAAGUCAAGGUGGAAUUACAGCAUGGCUGAUAUGUCCGCUUUUUCAAGGCAUUGGAUGGGCAAGUGUUAUCAUCGUUCAGUUUUUAAACAUAUAUUACAUCGUCAUCCUCGGGUGGGCUCUGUUUUACAUGUUCGCGUCUUUCCAAUCCAAGCUUCCUUGGUCUCGCUGUGGCAAUGAAUGGAACACACCGAAUUGUGUUGACUAUAUCACAUCUGAAAAAGGCUCCAGUAUAGCCAAUACUACAGUCAUACCAACCGUAAUGGCGAACAUGUCAACAGUGCCAACUGCAGUGGCAAAGGCAGCUAAAGUGUCUGCGAGUGAGGAGUAUUUUGAACAUAGAGUUUUAAAGCUGAGCACUGCUUUGGAUGAACCCGGCAUAGUAAACUGGGAUGUAGCUUUGUGUCUCUUGUUGGCUUGGAUUAUCUGUUACCUCUGUGUUUUCAAAGGUGUCAAAUCCACAGGAAAGGUUGUCUACUUCACUGCCACAUUUCCUUAUGUACUUUUGACGAUUUUACUCGUUCGAGCCGUCACUUUACCUGGUGCUGCUGAAGGGAUCAAGUUUUACCUCACUCCAAAUUUUACUCGACUGGCUGAUGGUCAGGUGUGGCUUGAUGCUGGAACGCAAGUGUUUUUUUCAUAUUCUAUUGGACUUGGAACGUUGAUUGCCCUCGGGAGUUACAACAGAUUCCAUCACAACUGUUACAGGGACAGCAUAAUAUUCGCUUGCGUAAACAGUGGAACAAGUUUCUACGGCGGUUUUGUGAUAUUUUCAGUUCUUGGCUUCAUGGCUCAGAAGCAAGGGGUUGAAGUGAAGGACGUGGCAAAAGGGGGUCCAGGACUUGCAUUCAUCGCUUACCCAGAAGCCGUUGCUCAGAUGCCUUUGGCCCCUCUAUGGUCGGUGCUGUUUUUCUUUAUGGUCUUCUUGCUGGGACUCGACAGCGAGUUUGUGGGCAUUGAGGGAUUUGUAACAGCCAUUGUGGACCUGUUCCCCAGACACUUGAGGCGUGGUUAUCGUAAAGAGAUGUUCAUCGCAUUUAUGUGCUGUAUCUGGUUUCUCAUUGGUUUGUCCAUGGUUACUAAGGGUGGGAUGUACGUCUUUCAACUAUUUGACAAUUACUCGGCCAGUGGCUCUGCUCUUUUGUGGAUCGCCUUGUUCCAAAGUAUUGCCAUUGGUUGGAUCUACGGUGGUGAACGUUUCUAUGACGAUAUGGAGAAUAUGAUUGGAUUUCGUAUUAACCCGUGGCUCAGGUGGUGCUGGAUGAUAUUCACACCUAUUUUCUGUUUGGGUGUUUUCAUUUUUAGUCUAGUGACGUAUUCGCCUCUAGAAUACAACGGUUACAAGUAUCCUGACUGGGGAGAAACCGUAGGCUGGAUCAUGGCUUUGUCUUCAAUCGUGUGCAUUCCAAUUGUGAUGAUAUACAAGUUGGCCACAACACCAGGCUCUCUAAGAGAGCGUUGGGAUACCCUGACCACGCCCAAUCUAAAGAAUCAGUCUCCAGAGGCCAAAGGCCACGAUUUCUCUCAGGAGUCUUACAAACUCCAAACCACGGCAUCGCUUUGAGGGGAUAUACAUAUGAUUUGGACUUUUUCAGCACGACAGCAAUGGAAACAAGAAAGUGGCGAAAUAAAAGAAUUAAUCCUUUCAUUCUAACAUACAUAUACAUAUUCCCCGCACUUUCCUUUUUAAAUUUCUUAAGGUACUGACAGAGAAAAUUUGUUUGGCAUUCAAGAGCUCUUAAAUUUGUGAUCACUUUCUUUAUCCUCGUGACCUUGAUGUCUGAUUCAGGAGUGAUAUUUUAAGGUUAAAUAAAAAGUCAGUUACUCUGAGGGGUUAAAAAAAUAAGGAGCUUAAUAAAUAGCUCAGCACUUGCGUUUUAAAACUUUCUGCAUUCCUCAACGCUGUUCGCAUAAUAUUGUUGUGCUGAAGUCGCAGUAAGUAGCGAUAAAGAGGAUACCCAAAUCAAACAGUUCACAGAAAUAAAAAUUACAAAUUUAGAUGUCCAUGGAGGGUAGUUUUUUUCCGGCAAAAUGGGGGAAAGUAUAGCUAAAUGAGGAUGAUAAUGAUGACACUAGUACAGUAACAAAGGAAUUCUACAUUGUCUUUCAAUUUUUGAAAUUUAAUGACAAUAUGCACAUCAUUGCAUUUAUGUAAGUAAUGGAAGUAAUAAAGGUAACA